AUGACCAUAAUUACUCUGUUACUGCUGAUAAUACCAACAGCUAUAGCUCAGAACUGCUUCCAGCUUACUGGAAGCACGACCUGCAGUCAAUUCUCUAAUGAUUUCAUUGCCCCGGCUGCGGGAUAUACUGAUGUGAAUUCAUUCGAUGCCUAUAUGCGUGGAAGAUUUGAUAAUAAUUCGAUAUACAGCCAGUCUUUCGCUGCCAGUUAUGGAUGUCCAAACUAUAAUGGUACUGGACAAAGAUAUCAUAUUUCUACAUUCUGUGCACUACUAGUAUCCCAAUCAGCAACCGCAGGAUGCACCCCACCAACAAAAAUGUUAUGCUCUGCAACAUGUUCCGCUGCUAUAAGCAGCUUAACCAACCUAUUCGCCAACCCCGCAAUAUGUAAAGCAUCUCCAGAUACUGCAUCUUCAGCAUCCCGAACCCUGACUCUAGGAUAUUAUAAAACAUUAUGCUCAACCGGUACUUCAACAACAACAGGAUGUGUCGCUGCCGAAUCAAGUGUAUUAGAAACCACACGCUGUGGCUUCUUUACAAUGGCUGAAUUCACCGCUUAUUGUGCUGCCACACCAGCAGAUACAUGUUGCACUGGCGGUGGUCCAACUGGAACUACCGUUACAGUAGCUGGAACCACAACAGCUCCAGUAGCUACAAUGACUAUGGCUGCUACAAACAACAAGAUAUUUGGUCAAAGCUUCUUUACCAUCGCUUCAGCCAUUAUCGUGACUGUCCUCACAGUCAUCUCGAUUGUUGGUUGCUGUAUGCUUGGUCGUCGUAAAGGCAUCACUGAUUGGGGCGAGGCGACAAAGAACAUGCUGGGUAUGAAAAAGAAGAACAAGGUUGAAAUUGAAGGUGGUUAUGGGUCGCGUAAACAUGAUAGUUACCAAGACAAGGAUAUAUCGUACAGUCCAGCUGCUCUGGCCUCGUCUGGUGCUGUCACUCCCGUCACUGCCGCACAUGUAAAAGGUGGUAAUGGAUCUAAGGGUAUCUUCCAAAAGUUCUUUGGAAAGAAGAAUGUCGAGACUCAUCGUGCCAUAGCCAAUUACAUUCCUACUUUGGAAGAUGAAAUUCAAAUCAGUGUUGACGACGAGGUGCACAUUAUUGAAUCAUACGAUGAUGGUUGGGCUAUGGGUCGCAACGUAACAAUCAAACGUGAAGGCGUAUUCCCACUCGCUUGUCUUGGUCUGGACGAGCACCUAAACCCAGCUCGAGUUUCUGUCGCCAACGAAUCAAGCAAUGAUGCCUACAUGACCACUAUGAGGAGGAGGUCGUCGCUGUAUACAAGCAACCAUCCAUCUCAUCCGCCAUCAAUGUACUCGGAUUACAAGGCACCUAAGAAGGCUUAUGGAGGAAAUAGUCAUAACAACACCGGCAAUAACAAGAAUCCACGAUAUACUGCAUCGUCGGAACAGAGUUUCCUGUAA